GGAGCAGGUUCGCUGACACAUAGGAAGUAGCGGGUACAGAAGCCCCAGCCCUUGUUAUGCUGGGUGAUUCCCGUGUAAUUCAGGAUUGAAGUCGGUCCACAGGCGAGCUGCUGUUAGGGGUUUGGAUGGCUUGAUCACCCUGCCCCUGCCCGUGCCCUGUUCUGUUCGUGUCUCCACCGCGCUGAGGAUGCGGCUAGCCGGAGCCCGAUGCUGGGUAAACGCUUUCCCCGCAGCCUGCCUGCUCCCGGGGGUUCUGGCUUGCUGUCUUCUGCUGGCCCCUGUCUCUGGGUCCCAGGGCGAUAAGGAGCCUUUUUACCGGGACUGCGUGAAGGAGUGUGUCCGAGCCAACUGCACCGGACCUCCGCUCGGAGGCUUCCUGUCCGCGCAGCCACGCUACAUGACAUUGACAGCGGCGUGUGUUCCAGGCUGGACUUGCCAAGAUGACUGCCGGUACCUCUGCAUGUGGAUCACAGUGGGCCUGUACCUCGCAGAGGGAUACAGAGUGCCUCAAUUCCAUGGGAAGUGGCCCUUCACCCGGUUCCUGUGCUUCGAGGAGCCUGUCUCAGCUCUGGCCUCGCUGCUCAACGGACUGGCCUGUCUGGUCAUGCUGAUCCGUUACCGCAGUGCAGUGCCCAGGCAGUCCCCCAUGUACUAUACCUGCUGUGCAUUCUCCAUGGUGUCUCUAAAUGCUUGGUUCUGGUCGAUGGUGUUUCAUACGCGGGACACCUACCUGACUGAGAAAAUGGAUUACUUCUGUGCAUCGGCUGUGAUCCUGUACUCCGUCUACCUGUGCUGUGUGAGGACCCUCGGACUCCAGCGCCCUGAUCUCUCUAGUUGUUUCGGGGUGCUGCUGAUUCUCAUGUUUGCAUCUCACGUUUCCUACCUGACCUUCGUCAACUUCGACUACGGAUACAACAUGGCCGCCAACACUGCCAUCGGUAUAAUUAACCUGCUGUGGUGGCUCGCCUGGUGUUAUGGGAACCGGCGCACUCUGCCGUACUGGUGGAAGUGUGCCGCGGUGGUACUGCUACUUCACGGCCUGGCGCUGCUCGAGCUCCUCGACUUCCCGCCGCUCCUCUGGGUCCUCGACGCUCAUGCCAUCUGGCAUCUCAGCACUGUGCCCGUGCACUUCCUGUUCUACAGUUUCCUCAUCGAUGACAGCCUACACCUUCUCAACACGCAGAAACGAGGCCUGAAACUGGACUAAGGGGUCAUCUGACCAAUCAGGAACAGAAGCUCAACUGGAGUGGUCAUCAUAUGACUGAUCACCCUCCAAUUGGGGCCUGCAGCUCCAGGAAGGGGCGGGGCACAGUUCUGCACUUUCUUGCUUGUAAAAUUCUCUGUUUAUUUUUUGUUAUCUAUUUUUUUCUUUUUUUUUUUAUGAUGAUGAUUUUGUGCUGCAUUCACUGAUUGUUUGCCUUGAUCAGACAGGCAGUGUCCCCAGUCAGCCAGCCAGCCUCAGCUCCAGAACCUCCCCGAAUGCUGGUGAGAUUCAGACCCGCUGGUUCACCAGCUCUGUAAGGGAGUGGUGAGUUGCAGCCAGCCCUGUAACUGAGCUCUGGGGGGAGAGGCUGGUCUGAGGGAUGCUGUCUGUCUUUCUCUUCUGUCUGAUACCAUAUUUGUUGCUGCUUUUCAAAAUAUCUAUUUUUUUUAUAAUUUGUAUUAUUUCUGUUUGCCAAAUAUCUGUUCAUUCUUCACCUUUGCUGCCUUUUGUUUCUUUUCACUUGGUCUCAGAGGGACCAAUGCUGAAGUAUUCACAACAAUGAAAUCCCUGUAUUCUGAUCAUCGCCUGCUCUGAAAUAUUUCUGCUCUUCAUUUGGAGUUGACAAAAACAGUCCUAAGUGCUGGAGAGGGUGAUAGUGAGAGUGGAGAAUGCCUGGGUGUGAGAGAGGGAGGAAUGGACUGAGUGAGAAUACAUGUCUGCACUCUUUGAGAGCUCUGUGUGAGAGAGUAGGGAGAGUGAUAGUAGCGUCUUUGCUCUGAGAGCUCUGUGUGAGAGAGUAGGGAGCGUGAUAGUAGCGUCUCUGCUCUGAGAGCUCUGUGUGUGAGAGAGUAGGGAGAGUGAUAGUAGCGUCUCUGCUCUGAGAGCUCUGUGUGUGAGAGAGUAGGGAGAGUGAUAGUAGCGUCUCUGCUCUGAGAGCUCUGUGUGUGAGAGAGUAGGGAGAGUGAUAGUAGCGUCUCUGCUCUGAGAGCUCUGUGUGAGAGAGAGUAGGGAGAGUGAUAGUAGCGUCUCUGCUCUGAGAGCUCUGUGUGAGAGAGAGUAGGGAGAGUGAUAGUAGCGUCUCUGCUCUGAGAGCUCUGUGUGUGAGAGAGUAGGGAGAGUGAUAGUAGCGUCUCUGCUCUGAGAGCUCUGUGUGAGAGAGUAGGGAGAGUGAUAGUAGCGUCUCUGCUCUGAGAGCUCUGUGUGAGAGAGAGUAGGGAGCGUGAUAGUAGCGUCUCUGCUCUGAGAGCUCUGUGUGUGAGAGAGUAGGGAGAGUGAUAGUAGCGUCUCUGCUCUGAGAGCUCUGUGUGUGUGAGAGAGUAGGGAGAGUGAUAGUAGCGUCUUUGCUCUGAGAGCUCUGUGUGAGAGAGUAGGGAGCGAGAUAGGAGCGUCUCUGCUCUGAGAGCUCUGUGUGAGAGAGCAGGGAGAGUGGUAGUAGCGUCUCUGCUCUGAGAGCUCUGUGUGUGAGAGAGUAGGGAGAGUGAUAGUAGCGUCUCUGCUCUGAGAGCUCUGUGUGAGAGAGAGUAGGGAGAGUGAUAGUAGCGUCUCUGCUCUGAGAGCUCUGUGUGAGAGAGAGUAGGGAGAGUGAUAGUAGCGUCUCUGCUCUGAGAGCUCUGUGUGUGAGAGAGUAGGGAGAGUGAUAGUAGCGUCUCUGCUCUGAGAGCUCUGUGUGUGAGAGAGUAGGGAGAGUGAUAGUAGCGUCUCUGCUCUGACAGCUCUGUGUGAGAGAGAGUAAGGAGAGUGAUAGUAGCGUCUCUGCUCUGAGAGCUCUGUGUGUGAGAGAGUAGGGAGAGUGAUAGUAGCGUCUCUGCUCUGAGAGCUCUGUGUGAGAGAGCAGGGAGAGUGGUAGUAGCGUCUCUGCUCUGAGAGCUCUGUGUGUGAGAGAGUAGGGAGAGUGAUAGUAGCGUCUCUGCUCUGAGAGCUCUGUGUGAGAGAGAGUAGGGAGAGUGAUAGUAGCGUCUCUGCUCUGAGAGGUCUGUGUGAGAGAGUGGGGAGAGUGAUAGUAGCGUCUCUGCUCUGAGAUGUCUGUGUGUGAGAGAGUAGGGAGAAUGAUAGUAGCGUCUCUGCUCUGAGAGCUCUGUGUGAGAGAGAGUAGGGAGAGUGUUGUCUACGUGUUGCUGUUUCAGCUCUCUGGUGUUCCACAGAGCCCCUCAGUGUGAAUACAGAUCCUGCAGCGCUUCGCUCGUGUGCCUUUGUGACUGUGCCAUUCUUCCCCUGGACUGCAGCAAAUAGCCUCCCCGCACACAGUAUUCCUUUCCUCUGAGUCCAGGACUUCAAACCUAUUCACUGUACUGCACUGGGGUAGAGCGUGUGGGUGUGGUGCUGAUCGCUCUCAACAGGGAGUCUUUGCGUAGAAAAACACUGACAAAAUGCAUGGAUUUCAACAUUGUGUUUGCGAUUCAUAACUGUAGUUGCUAAGGUCCUAUAGGGGAGCCCGGACUCCUGUAGUGUCUAUAGGGGGGGUAUAUGGACCCCACCGCACCCACCUUUAUUGGACAUGUGCCUGCUUCCCUCCUGCAGAUUUAUUUUUGUAUUGCAAAUUAAUAGUCAAUAGCGUGUUUCCUGCUUGUAAUGAAGAACUUUGAUUUUGUAAAACAAGGCUGUUGUCCUGGUUCAAGCACUUAGUGUGUACUUUCAGUUUGCACAACAGCUUUGGGAGGGGGGGGGGGUUGGCUUUUAUUAUUAUGACUUUUUAUCUUUAUUAUUUUUUCAUUUUUUGGGGGGGGUUGUUUUUAUAAUUCAUGCUCCUCCACACUGAUUCAUUUUUGACGGUGGGCUGGUAGAAUAAUUAACCUUGCAGAGAGCCACGGCUCGUUGAUGGGUGAAGCGUACUUUCACAUUCAUACAGGGGUAUUAAUAACAAUGCCAGAUGGUGUGGGCACUGGACUUCACUUUCUUACAAAAGGGAAUCAUGGAAAACAGAUGAUUUACUGUGGAGGCUUACUUUGUAAACAUGCAAUAAUAAAGGAAAGAGGGAUUGGAAA